GACGUGGAUGCUCGAGCACUGGCAUUGAUAGGCGAAACGGAACUUUUCAAACCAUCCUGUGGCUUCCCUGAGAUCUCCUAUCGCUGGACCAAAACUGAUUUGGCCUUGGUUCUCACCGCGAUGUCACGUUACGGGGACGAUUUUGCCACAAUUGCUCGAACCAUAGGCUCCAAAACGGAAGGAUUUAUUCGGGACUUUUAUAAUCAAUGUCGAGAACUAUUCCCGUUAGAUGACAUUAUUCGGCAUGCCAAAGGGAUCGACCUAACGUCGCCCGAUGUGGAUGAAAAGCUGGUCAUAACGUCGAUUCAAGACACGCCUCUUUUGAUUAAUACAGAAAUAGGACCCGAAGUCAAUGCGGUAUCCGUCGAAUCUUCAACUCAGUCCUUGUCGUCUCCAUCAUCAUCUCAUAAGCCUCUACUCCAUGUUCCGCUCGAUUCACAUGUGGCUAUGAAACCCGAGGAAAACGAGACCCCAUUGGCUUCCACAGAGUGCAGCCAAGCUUCACAGGAGGUGAACGACAUUUCCAUGCUGACGGACGAUGAAACAGGUGACCAACGACGAAAGUCCAAUUCAGUUAACUCAGAGCAUUUAUCUGAUUUUGCUUCUAUCUUUCAAAGUGAGCCAAAACGUGGGGCGUCCACUCGGGGGCGUCCACGUGGUCGUCCGAGAGGUCGGGGGCGUGUGCGUCCUAGUUGA